AUGAGUACAGGUCAGAGAGACUCCAAACAAAUUAAUGAAUUGUACAGCCUCUCUGCUGAAAUCAGGGAGCCUGCUAGCACAGCUCUGGGAAUCUGCAGCAGUAAUGAGAAUACUGAGGAUGUUUUCUGUAGGUUUGUGGUUCUGCACACAGACAAUGAUGUAGAAGCUAUCUGGAUCCAGAAUCUACUGCAGAAUAAAUUUUCUAUUAAACCUGUAAACCCACUACAACCUGGAAUAAUCUUUGCAGACAUGCCUUGCGGUAAACAUGUCUCAGAAAACUUAAGCGAUGCUGUGAAUGGUUCAGUAUGGAAUACUAUAUUAUUGACAAAAAAUUUCUGAAUAAACCUUUAUAUGAGUCUCUCUUACACCUCCCUUGUCAGUCCUCUUAACCAACAGCACAAAUAAAACUCGGUGAUACCUGUGAGGCUGAUGAAUAACCCACUUCUCUGGGAGAAGAUUCCCUUUGCCUUGCAGGCUAUUAACGUGCUGGAAGAAGACAGUCAUUACUCUGCAAAACAAAUAGAGAAAAUUUUCCAGGGGUCUACAUAUAGGCAGCAGCAAGAG